AUCUUUCUUUUCUUCUACUUUCCCCUUCUUCAUCUCCCACGCCCGCACAGCAUCUCACCUUCUGUAAGUUCAGCUUCCGUCUCUCGUUGAAACUAGAUUUGAGAGUUUUCAAGGUCUUUGCUUUCUGGAAUCCAUCUUCACCAGAGCCCUAAUAGCGCUGUCUUCUCCUUUCCCCUUCUUCCUCUCCCACGCCGGCCGCACCGUACCGCACCUUCUGCUUAAGAGUCCCUGGGAGGGAAAAUGGUAGGGUUUUCGAUGCAGCCAUACGGUAUACAGUCAAUGCUGAAAGAGGGGCACCGGCACUUGUCUGGACUGGAUGAGGCAGUGAUAAAAAACAUCGAUGCUUGCAAGCAACUGUCAACAAUUACUCGCACAUCCCUUGGGCCCAAUGGCAUGAAUAAGAUGGUUAUCAAUCAUUUGGACAAACUCUUUAUCACAAAUGAUGCUGCGACUAUUGUAAAUGAGCUGGAGGUUCAGCAUCCUGCAGCUAAAAUCUUGGUUUUAGCUGGGAAAGCUCAGCAAGAAGAAAUUGGGGAUGGAGCGAAUUUGACAGUAUCUUUUGCUGGAGAACUGCUUCAAAAUGCAGAAGAACUCAUCAGGAUGGGAUUGCACCCUAGUGAGAUAAUCAUGGGAUAUACAAAGGCAAUCAAUAAGACCAUUGAGGUACUGGAGGAGUUGGUUGAAAAAGAUUCAGAAAAUAUGAAUGUGAGAGACAGAGAAAGUGUCAUUUUACGAAUGAGAUCUCCAGUAGCUAGCAAACAGUUUGGACAAGAGGACAUACUAUGCCCUCUUAUUGCAGAGGCUUGUAUACAAGUUUGCCCCAAGAACCCAGCAAAUUUUAAUGUGGAUAAUGUAAGAGUUGUGAAGCUAUUAGGCGGUGGUCUGCAUGAUUCUUCUGUUGUUAGAGGUAUGGUUUUGAAGAAUGAUGCUGUUGGGUCUAUAAAGAGAAUGGAGAAGGCCAAGGUUGCUGUUUUUGUUGGGGGUGUUGAUACAACCGCAACAGAGACAAAAGGAACUGUUCUGAUUCACAAUGCUGAGCAGCUUGAGAAUUAUGCGAAGACGGAAGAAGCUAAGGUUGAGGAGCUAAUCAAAGCGGUCGCCGAUUCAGGUGCAAAAGUCAUUGUUAGUGGAGCUGCUGUUGGGGAAAUGGCAUUACAUUUCUGCGAACGUUACAAGCUCAUGGUCUUAAAGAUCAGUUCUAAGUUUGAACUACGGAGGUUCUGUCGCACCACUGGUGCUGUUGCUCUUUUAAAGCUUAGUCAACCAUCACCCGAUGAUCUUGGCUACGUGGAUUCUGUUUCUGUGGAAGAAAUAGGCGGGGCUAGAGUAACAGUUAUAAAAAAUGAACAAGGUGGAAACUCUGUGUCUACUGUUGUUCUACGGGGAAGCACUGAUAGCAUAUUGGAUGACCUUGAAAGAGCUGUUGAUGAUGGUGUGAAUGCUUAUAAGGCAAUGUGCAGGGAUAGUCGGAUUGUGCCUGGUGCAGCAGCAACUGAAAUUGAACUAGCUAAAAGACUGAAGGAGUUUUCUUUCAAAGAAACAGGAUUGGACCAGUAUGCCAUAGGAAAAUUUGCUGAAAGUUUUGAAAUGGUUCCCAAAACAUUGUCUGAUAAUGCUGGGCUUAAUGCGAUAGAAAUUAUAUCGUCUUUAUAUGCUGAGCAUGCUUCUGGUAACACCAAAGUGGGCAUUGAUUUGGAGGAAGGUGUUUGCAAGGAUGCGUCAGCCAUGAAGAUAUGGGAUCUCUAUAUCACCAAAUUCUUUGCCCUGAAGUAUGCAGCUGAUGCUGCCUGUACUGUUCUGCGUGUCGAUCAGAUCAUAAUGGCAAAACCGGCCGGUGGUCCGAGGAGGGACCAACAACCUGCAGGGAUGGAUGAGGAUUAGGUCAGGUUAGGUUCUUUUUGAAAUGGUGGGUGACCUUUGGAUUUUUAUGUCAACUUCUACUGUCCUCACUAAGGCAUUCGGAGUUCGUGAAUCUGGAAAGAGUGCCACUUGAUGAUUAUUCGUUUCGACAAAAUUUCUAAAAUCUUCUUUGGAGGAGUUUUUGCUUUAAUGCUACUUGAUGGAGGUGAGGUUUGGAAAAUACAUUAAUAUACUUACUAAUUUUGAUUGAUCCAAGAGUUUUGGUUAAUAGUAUUUUAAAAGAUUUUAUUUUU